UUUGCGUACCCUUGCGCUGGCGCCUUCCAGCUUGUCCGGCUGGGCAGGUUGCCUUCAUCGCCGUUUCAUUCACGCGGAAUACGGGACUAAAACAAGUGUUGCGCUGUUUUCUUUGGGGAUUGCAUGGAAACUGAUUGUCGCCCAGCAGCAUUUUAUUUACUUCAUUUUCCAGCCCCAGUUUUUUGGACCACGAGGUUUGGGUGAUGACUGGGCGUACCGAGCACGCAGCACCCAAAGCGUGCGCCCUGAUCGCGCCGGCGUGAAGAGCGACGCUGCCCAGCCCCGGUGUGCGACAGACGCCCGGGAUUUCAUCCGAUUUAGAGGCAAAGCUCCUAAAACAGAAAUUUCUACUUCAAGGGGCACCCAAGGAAAUGAGGUUUUUAGCCCGCCCGCCGCUAACGCCGCUCGAGAGCGCAGUCGGGUUCAGACCCUGCGCCAUGCCUUCCUCGAGCUGCAGAAGACUCUCCCCUCCGUGCCGCCCGACACCAAGCUCUCCAAGCUGGAUGUGCUCCUCCUGGCCACCACCUACAUCGCGCACCUCACUCGCAGCCUUCAGGAUGAGGAAGAGUCGCCGGGAGAGGGCUUGGGUACCCUCCGAGGGGAUGGAUACCUCCACCCUGUCAAGAAGUGGCCGAUGCGAUCCAGGUUAUACAUUGGAGCUACGGGACAGUUUUUGACUCACUCGGCACAAGGAGACAGCGCAAACCAAGGAGAAACAUCAACAACUUCACAAAUCUAA